GGCGGCCUGGAGGGCCCAGACUCACAGCAGUGAGUGCCCAGGGGUGCAGGGAGGAAUCUCGAGAGGAGCUGAGGCUGGGUCAACUGUCUGCUGCGUGUGACGGACACCAGGGCCCUCCCAGGUCUGAGGUGGAGGCCCCUGCUGGGCCCCAUCGGUCUUCUCAACUCCUGCAGUUGGAAAGUUGGAAGAAGUCAGUCGGAUUGGGGCUUCCGGUGUGUCCCCAGCCUGAGCCCCCACUGGUCCUGAGCCCCCACGCCCCUCUCUGCCCCUCCAGGGUCCAGGUGGAGUUCUACGUCAACGAGAACACCUUCAAGGAGCGGCUCAAGCUGUUCUUCAUCAAAAACCAAAGAUCGAGCCUGAGGAUCCGGCUGUUCAACUUCUCCCUGAAGCUCCUCACCUGCCUGCUCUACAUCGUGCGCGUCCUGCUCGACGACCCGGCCCUGGGCAUCGGAUGGUGGGCCACCUGCGCGGCUGGGCGAGGGGUUGUGGGUCCCAGGGCUGAGCCUUCCUGCUGGGCCAUUACAGAGGCUGAUGGCGUCCCUGAGGGAGCUCCUGUGCCCAGGGCCUUGGGGAGUCCUUCCUUCUCCAGCGCCUGUCCCAGGAUGGAAAAAGCCAAGGACUCAGUGCCCAGGCUCCCGCAGAUGGCUCAGCAUAGGGAGAAAGGUCCCCAUCGUAGACUUCCAGCUGUGCCCUUAGCUGCUAGUGGACCCCAGAAGGUCCACGGAAAGGCCGGAGCAUCUAGGAAGCCCCUCCCUGCCCCCACAAGUGUCUUCGUGCUCACUUGAGCUUCUGCAGGUCAGGGAAGGGGGCGCCCAGCCCCCCGGGGAAAGCCCUACCUGUUUCUGGGGGUGUCUUCUACCCCUCCUGGGUCCUAAGGAGUCCCCUUCCCGGGGCCCAUCGUCCUGGGGCCAAUGCUCCAGGGACUUCCGGGAGAGGUGCUCGGGCAGCCGUGUGCACUGUCAGGUCCUCACCAGCCUCGCAGCAGCCACCAUGAGGGUGCAUGGGAACUUGCUCGCUGAGUCCUGUUCCGUCUCCUCCUGCUGUUGCUGCUUCGAGAAGUGGCAGCUGCUGGGACCUACUCUGUGCCCAGGGCGCCUUGGUGACUCCUGCUCCCUCUGUGUGGGUCCCAGGGGGACAUCAGCAGGGCUCCAUGGCCCUCAGUGCCGGAUUGUCCUGAGUCAUGUCUUUGGGGACCAGCCCCCAACCCCAGGCCUCUCGCUCUGGCUCCCUGGCACUUGGAUGCUGUGCUCUGUGUCCUGUUUCUUCUGUCCCCUCUCCUGCCUCGUUCCCUCGUUCACUUGUUCUGUCCUGCUUCCUGGUUUACAGAAAUCCUUCCUCUGAAUGUCCUUCCGAGGAUGGCAUCUCCAGUCCUUUCCUGUUUUACAGUUUCCCCAUCUGCUGGGCCUGUUUCUCCCGAGCUCACAUUGGGCCCUGAUUUUUUCAUACCCGUAAUCACCUCAAAUGUCUGGUGCUGUUUAUGCAUAAGAGUGCUCAGGCGCUGAGGGGCUCUGCAGCCACAUGUGUGGUGUGGUUGUCACCAUCCAGCCAUCGGGGUGAACCCUGCCAGGAUGUUGGUCCCCUCUCUGGCUGCGCAGAGCAGGUUCUUCCCUGGAGAGGAAGGCCUGACUGCCGGGAGCCUGGCUUCUGGGGGCCUAAAGGUGUGCAUGUGAACUUUUGCUCAAUCCCCUUUUCACCUGUUACUUCAUCACGGGGUGUCUGGCAUCCCCAGGCCAGAGACUUACCCUCUCCUAAGAAUCAACCUUCUGUCUUUGUCUAGGUCGGAAGAGGGCAGAACCCACUAGGAUAGUUUGAGAAGGAGAACUGGGCCCUAACUGACUUUCAGGCUACUUUCCUGGGUCACCCCCCACCCCAAGUCCCAGGGGCCCCGGGGCUUCUGGUUUCACCUCCCCACAGGGCACGAGUCUGUUAUGUUCACUGCCCAUGAACAUAACAUAGGGCAGACAGCGAGGGUACAUCCCUCAUCUGUGGGAUUGGGGGUAGCCCCGACUC